AUGUCAAGAUCUGAAUUAGGGAAUGAUGACCAUCAACAAUCGCUACCUCAACAACCAACAAUAACCCCUGCCAGUGUCGAUAAGGACCAAUCGCCGGUGGCUGAUAUGCCAUUUUCUCCAGCCCCUCCCUUUGAGGACCAAAAACAGCCACUACCACAACAGCCAACCAUCAUUGCUACCACCAUCAAUAAUGGUGAAUCACAUGUAGCAACGAUGAUGACCGUUGUGCCAUCUUCUUCAGCCCCUCCCUUAUCUUCUGUCUCAGCUGAUAUCUCCAAAAAGCGUAGAGGCAGGCCUCUUGGUUCUCGCAACCAAAUCCAAUCUAAAAAAAGGGCUUAUGGACCGGUGAUCCCUGCAAAGGCCCACAUUAUGAUGGUGAAUGUUGAAGAGAAUGUGUUAGAAAAGAUUAUGACAUUUUCCAAGAAUCUCUCUGGAAAUAUAAGCGUAUUAUCGGCAGUUGGGACCGCAUCCAAAGCAACUAUUUGUAUAGCUGGUAAAACAGAGACUUAUGAGGGAAAAUUUGAGAUUAUAUCACUUGGUGGGUCUUUGUUUCCUGAUCAAAAAGAAAGCCAUUGCAAGGUACUUGAGGGCUUAAAUGUGAGUUUAUCAUCGGAUGGUAAUAUAUUUGGUGGUAAAGUUGUUGAUAUUUUGAUCGCUGCUUCUCCUGUUCAGAUAGUAUUAGGGAGUUAUCCUGCAGGGAGUCGAGAGGAAGUCAAGUCUGAUCCAGAAGAGCCUCCUAAAGAAGACUCAAGUCAACCAUCAGAUGAGAGUCAAGUGAAAGUCGAGUCUGGCCCAAAAGUGCCUCCUAAAGAAGACUCAAGUCAACCAUCAGCUAAGAGUCAAGAAAAAGUCGAGUCUGAUCCAAAAGAGCAUUCUGAAGAAGACCCAAAUCCACCAUUGGAGUCCACUCUUAAUAAUUCAUCUUCAGAUGGGCUUAAUGUCCUAGUUUAG